AUGCUGUUGAGAGCGCUGUGCGCGCGCGAUGAGGAUGGCGGUGCUAGGCCCAAGAAGCUCAAAGAUCCUGUCACGAUCGAAGAAGCUGCUCUACUGCAAUCAGUCCUCAUCAAGCGAUUGUCCGAGUACAGUACCUCAUAUGAAGCUGACCAGACCACCUGGGACAAGUUCAUCCAAACACAAACUGCAUCUGACGCGUCAAAGAUUUCCCCUGCCAGAAGCUCCAAACGAAUAUCCAUGGCUCUCCAAGUACGCCUUGGCGAAAAGGGUAUCCUCCAUCAGCUGAUUUCCAUCUGUCAAGAACACAUCAGGUUGAAAUCCGAGGAGCUCGCCUUCAACAGAUCGUCUAAGCGAAAGCACGACGAGGAACCUACUUCGCAAUCCAAGAAGAUGGCUCGCAACUACGAAAAGCACCGAAGAUGA